UGUCAUUCAAAGUGGGAGGCAACUCUAUUGCACCUAUUUUGAUUUUCUGUUUACUGUGGUUUAGUUAAAUCUGUUGCAGCAGAAAUGUUUCUGGUGCAGCUGGUCGCUGCAGUCUGUCUUUAUUCAUCCAUUCAGAAGAUGUGGCUACAGCAGGUGCUGCAGGUUGACCUUUGCUAAUACUUAUUUGCCAGACGUCGGUCCAAAGGUUCUCCAGCGUGGUCACUGAAGUGUUGAAACACUGGUUGCAAGUUUGCAUCUAUGGCUUCUGCGUGGCAAAGUGUCGUGUCUAUGCACCAGAGGAUAGUGGACAAUGGAGACAAGAGGACAGACCAGUGGCUGCUGGUCUACUCCCCCGUCCCGGUGGCACUCAUCUUCCUGGCGUACCUCUUCGUGGUGUGGGCCGGCCCUCGUCUGAUGAAACACAGAGAAGCUCUUGACCUCAAAGGGGUUCUCAUUGUUUACAACUUUGGCAUGGUCGGCCUGUCUGGCUACAUGUUCUACGAGUUCCUGGUCACGUCCUGGCUCUCGAACUACAGCUAUCUGUGUCAGCCUGUAGAUUACAGCAACAGCCCGCUGGCAGUAAGGAUGGCCAAGGCCUGCUGGUGGUUCUUCUUCUCUAAGGUUAUAGAGCUCAGUGACACGCUCUUCUUCAUCCUGAGGAAGAAAAACAGCCAGCUGACAUUCCUUCAUAUUUACCACCACGGCACCAUGAUCUUUAAUUGGUGGGCGGGAAUCAAGUAUGUGGCUGGUGGACAGUCGUUCUUCAUCGGGCUGGUCAACACCUUUGUUCACAUUGUGAUGUAUUCUUACUACGGCCUGGCUGCCAUCGGCCCUCACAUGCAGAAGUAUCUGUGGUGGAAGCGAUACCUCACGUCUCUGCAGCUGCUGCAGUUUCUGCUGUUCCUCCUGCACACGGGCUACAACCUGUUCACAGAGUGUGACUUCCCCGACGCCAUGAAUGCGGUGGUGUUUAGUUACUGCGUCACCCUCAUCGUCCUCUUCAGUAACUUCUAUUAUCAGAGCUACCUCAACAAGAAGAAGCAGAAAUAAGAGACGCAGUGGUGAGUGUGUUACACACAAACACACAGGGGCUUUAUGAGAGAAAAUGACAAAGUAUUAUUACAGCUUCAGGGAUUGUUCCUGUGUCUGCAGUACUCAUUAGUGUCCACUAGAGGGAACAUCAUGCCCACAGCCUGACCUUUUUCUUAUGGUGCUCAUCAUCACACUUCAACACAGUUAAACAGGAAUCUGGAUGUAUUGUGUGUGAAGGUCCGACAUGAUGCUUUCUUAUGCAAUGCGCCUUAUUGUCAAAGCUAUGUUGUCAUAUUAAGGUAUUAUCAAAAAGAUCAUUGUCCCAUCGCUGGGAAUUAAAUACAAAUUGCCAUCACAUUAUUUUUACAAUAUCUGUUGAUCAAUUGUUAUAAUGUGAAGAAAAGUUAUUGCUCCUCUGACGCUCCUGAAUUGACUUUUACCGAAUCAGCAGUGUAGUUUGAUUUGUAAUGACCUCAUUAUAGAUAACGUUUUUGUCACUACAUUAUGACUAGUCUACAUGUUUUACCAGCAGUAUGUAAGAUAAUUGUCAUGUUUAUUGCUAUAAUAAAAAUGUAAUGUAAGUGGGCAAAAAGUGUAAAGAAUGUAACAAUAAUAAAGGACAGGCACAAGACAAA